UAUAUGAUUUUGUUGCAACACUUUUCUUCAACUCAACUCAAGCUCAAGAGUCUUCCUUGUGGUUUGUGUUUGUAAAUUUGAAAUAAGCAAAAAGUCCUUCUCCUGAUCAUGGCUUUCUUAAAUGGCAAAAAUCUUUUCUUCUUGUUUUUUAUAUUCCAAGUAAAGGCCUCUUUCAUUGCCAGCCAUGACCAAGUUCUACUACUCUCCCCACAUUCCCAUUUUCAAUCUUGCUUCUUCACUAAGGACAACAACAACAACAACUACUUCAACAAAUUAAACAAACAUAAACCAACAACCUUUUCUUCUUCCCAUUCAUUGCUCAACCCUCAACCCUUCCUCUCUCUUCCUCACCAUGAACAUUGGUUCCCCCACUAACGUGCGCCACGUUGCGCAUGUCACCUUUGAUCGCUUCAAUGGAUUCUUGGGUUUGCCUGUUGAGUUCGAACCUGAAGUCCCCAGAAGGCCUCCCAGUGCUAGAGUUGAUGAUUAAACAUUCUUGAUGAUUUAUUGUUUGAACUUUGAGGUGGCAGUGCAACGGUUUUUGGAGUUUCAACAGACUCCAUGCAGUUAUCGUAUGACUCAAGAGGGAACAGUGUGCCAACAAUUCUGCUGCUGAUGCAAAGCCGCUUGUAUUCUCAAGGAGGCUUGCAGGCUGAGGGGAUUUUCAGAAUAAAUGCAGACAAUAGUCAAGAGGAAUAUGUUAGGGAUCAACUCAAUUUGGGUGUGGUCCCAGAAACUGUUGAUGUUCAUUCCUUGGCUGCAUUAAUUAAGGCAUGGUUUAGAGAACUUCCAACUGGGAUUCUGGAUUCAUUAUCUCAAGAUCAAGUGCUGAAAUGCCAGACUGAAGAUGACUGUGUUGAACUAGUGAGGCAUCUGCCUCACACUGAAGCUUCACUCUUGGAUUGGGCUAUCAAUCUCAUGGCUGAUGUUGCUGAGUAUGAACAUCUCAAUAAGAUGAAUGCACGCAACAUUGCUAUGGUUUUUGCUCCCAACAUGACUCAGAUGGCAGACCCUAUCACUGCAUUGAUGUAUGCAGUUCAAGUGAUGAACUUCUUGAAGACACUGAUAUUAAGGACACUGCGGGAGCGAAGGGAUUCCGUGGUAGAACCGUCUCCUAGAUCGUAUUUAGAACCUUCUAGAUCAUGUUUGGAGCUUCCUGAUGAGAAUUUGGACCAUACCCCUUUGGAGUCUAGCCAGCAAGAUACUGAUGCACAAAAUGAAGAAGAGGUUCAGAAAAACUCUGCUUCUGAGGAAAUUUUCUUAGAAUGUUGCCCUGAAUCCCCCAAGAACAAGUUAGAAGCUAAAAAUUUGGAAUGCUUUUCUGAGAAUCAAGUUUCCAAUGAGAAUUUGUACUGUGAUUAUCCACCAAAAGGAAACAUGAAGAGUAACAAGAGUGGCCAAUCAAGUAGUUCAAAUGCUAGGAAAGGGUCUAAAAAAUCCAAAGGCCAGCUAGCUGUGAUCCAUGAAAAUGUUGAGAAAAAGGGAACUAGGAAUUUGAACAGCUCAGAUUCAAGAUCUGAGCAGAUUAAACCUUGGAGGUGAAAGAAGCAUAAUAGUGUGUGUAAAUUUGAUUAUUUUGACAUUGGAAUUGUAUGUUUAUGUCUGUGAAGUUAUUGCAAAAUUGCUAGGUGUAGUUUGUGAA